CCUCAUGAAAAACGAUAAAAAAAUUACCAUGGUCAUAGAAGUGUCCAUCGAUGAAUGAUUAUGCCACCCGCUUCCAAGGUUGAUGUGUGAUCAUUAUAAGGACUCUUCUCUUCCCAUUAGCAAAUCCAUUCUUCUUGUGACCUCAUCAACACAACCAUGUUCACCAAACUUUUCUUCUUCUUUCUCCUCUUCACUCCCUUCAUCUUCACCACACAACAAGACACCCAUGAUGAUUUCGUGCGUACCUUGGACCGCAAAAUGUUUGGUUUGGACGAAAACCAAGAAAAGUUUAGUCAUUUCAGGUUGUAUUGGCACGACGUGGUGAGUGGACGCAACCCUUCUUCCAUCGAAGUAGUUUCAUCAGGGUUGAAGAACUCAACGACGUCGUUUGGAGCGGUGAACAUGAUAGAGAACCCUUUGACAUUGGAACCCCAAUUGAACUCUCAGUUGGUGGGGAAGGCACAGGGGUUCUAUGCUUCGACGUCGCAGAGUGAUGUUACCUUGCUGAUGGCCAUGAACUUCGCCAUCACUGAAGGGAAGUACAAUGGCAGCAGCUUCACCAUUCUUGGAAGGAACCCUGUUUUCAACGAGAAGAGGGAGAUGCCUGUGAUCGGUGGAAGUGGCCUCUUUCGUUUUGCUAGGGGUUAUGCUCAGCUCAGAACUCACUGGUUCUCGCCCACCACCAGGGAUGCCAUUGUUGAGUAUACUGUUUAUCUUCUGCAUUAUUGAUAUAUAUCAUAUCAAAGAUAUUAUUUGUAUGAA